AUGUCGUACAGUACUAUACUGCUGAACGGCAAUACAUCUGGUUUCCGAACCUUUCCACCAACUGCGCCGAAAUCCGUUAAGCGGCCUCUGGAGGACAGCGACGAGGAGCCUUACUACUUCACUCGAGGCUCGGUCAAUGGCUACGUACGAAAGACCUGGGAGUUGGCGAGUCCGUCUUCCGAAAGCUUUGCCGGUGUUAGCGCUGACCUUCCGGACGCUCCAUUCGAAGCCACACAGCCUGUGCUGAACUACUACAAGCGUCUCCCUGUGCUUAGGAAACUAGACUGGCGUGAAGACGAUAAUGGACAGCCGAUACGUCGAGAGCUUGCCAAUACACGCACAUUGAUCGCAGGAUACGUUCAGACUCGGGGUCAGCUCGCCGAGACUCCCUGCACUUUUUGCACACAGGGAAAGGGAAUCUGGCAGGAAUGUGUCAUCGGGUCAGAUACGCAGGAUGAAAGGCCUAUGACCAAGGCGUGUGCAAACUGUCGUUUCAGUGGGCGUUCGGCCUGCAAUCUUCGUUCCGGUUCAAGCUCCUCUCAGAGCCCCGCUCCACGAAUUGUUGAAUUGGAAGACGGUGAUGAUACGUCUCUCGGUACCAAACGCACGAAAUUCAAAGCCGAAGGGUCAAGAACCCCCUCUCGCCAUGACGGCAAAGUUAUCCCAUUCCCUCUCGAUCCAGGGACUAUUGGUAACCUUCCACUGCUCAAACAGGCCGCUGAAGAUCUAGCGGCGCACCUUGCAGUCGUGAAGGCAAGGAUUAACCAGCUUGACGAGGAAAAGAGAAAGAAGACCACUAGGAAUCCUUGGGAUCUUGUGUCCACUGAUGGAGCACAGUAG